AUGAAAUAUAAAAUAAUAAAAAGUUUAAGUAUAUUAUUUUUAUUAUUUUCAUUUGGAUAUACUUAUAAUAUUUUAUUAAUAAAACUAUUUCCAUAUCCUAAAAACAAAAAUGAAAUAAAAAGUUAUUAUGAUAAUCCGAUACAUUCAUUAAGUAAACGACAAUUCAAUUUUUUUGGUUCUAAAGAUCAUAAUUGUUUUUAUUCUCCAAUGAAUUGUGUUUUUUGGAAAGACAGAAUUUCAACUGGAAGCCUCAAGAUUCGAUCAAAAAAGAAACUUUUUAAUGUUUUUAAAUUUUUAGAUAUUUAA